AUGGGGGAAAUAUUAGGGGGUGAGGCGGACUGUUGUGUGGUCACAGAAGCCUCCGUUGUGGCGACUUUCUCUCCCACGCCCUGGUGUUUGGAGGGGCAGCUCUAGACCAUCUUCCAGUCCUUCCUGCAACCUCAGCCUCAAAUCCCCUACAGGAGUGAAGUCCUCCAUCCCCCGGACGGGGGUCAGCUCCUGCUGGACUGGGCUGACGCACAGGACAGUGGCAGGGCCCCGACCAAGCCCAUUGUUCUACUGCUGCCUGGCAUCAGUGGCAGCAGCCAGGGGUCCUCCAUCCUGCCCUGCGACCGGCAGGCUGAGGGGCGGCUACAGGCUGCGGUGUUUAGUAACCGAGGCUGCCGUGGGAAGAACUUGCGGUGAACCCACAGGGCCUUUUGUGCCAGCAAGACUGAUGACCUGGAGACUAUGGGCCACCUAAAGCACUGGUACUCUCCCGCUCCGCUGCGGGCCGUGGGCGUCUCCUCUGGAGGGAUGCUGGCGCUGAGCCUGAGGGCACAAUGACAGACUGCCAAGCUGGUGGCCGCACUGACUGUCUCGUGCCGGGACUCCACGGCGACCACCCACUCCCUUGGAGACCCCCUCAACUCGCUGCUCUCUAACCGCUGCAUCACUCGCAUCCCCCUCUACACGCUCCUUUGCAGGGACAGGACAGUGCCAGAAAAGGUGAAUAUAGACCUUGUGCUGGCCCGCACCAUCCGCCAGUCUGACGAGCGCUACACAGCUGUGGUCCUUGGUGAAGACUGCGCGCCCCACCAGGCAGCACGUCCCGGAACCAAGGUCGACGCCAUCCAGAUCCCAGUGCUCUGCCUCAACGCAGCGGGCCCCUUCUCCCCAGACCACGCCCUUCGCCUGCAGGACGCGCAGUCCCCCUUCCCGCUCAUCACGGCCCAGGGCGGCCACCCAGCCCCGCCCCUCCAGAGAGGACAAGAGCUAGCCUCGGACAUGGGCCCUGGGUCUGGUCUUUUCUAG